UUAUCUUUCCAGUCACCUCCUCUUUCUUUCUCUCUCUUUCUUUCUCUGCAACUCCCUUAGUGAUGUGAUUCUCCACCAUAAACCGAUCAACCUUUACAAAAGAGAGAGAAAGAGGAAGCACCAUGGUUUUCUCAUCCGUUCCGGCCUAUCUAGAUCCUCCCAACUGGCAACAUCAACCAAAUCAGCAACCAGGAGGCGGAAGUGAGAACCCCCAGUUUCCACCACCUGUGCUGCCACCUCCGACGGCCGGAGGAGGCGACACAGGAACAAUCAGGCCUGGUUCGAUGGCGGAGAGAGCCAGGCUAGCCAAGUUGCCACAGCCAGAGGCGGCGCUGAAAUGCCCACGAUGCGAAUCAACCAAUACAAAGUUCUGCUAUUUUAACAAUUACAGCCUCUCGCAGCCCCGCCACUUUUGCAAGACCUGCCGGAGAUACUGGACUAGAGGCGGCGCUUUGAGAAGUGUGCCCGUUGGCGGUGGUUGCCGGAGGAACAAGAGAAGCAAAGGCAGGAGAUCGAAGUCUCCAGGCACCGGCGAGGGCCAAGGGGGUUCUAGCUCAACUAGUGCUGUUUCAUCUGAUAACUGCACCACCGAGAUAAUAGGUCAUUUGCCACCAGCACCUUCACAAUUACCCUUAUUGCCCUCUUUACAUCAUCUUACUGACUUCGGCGGUGGCGGUAUUGGCCUGAAUUUUGGGGCAAUCCGGCAUCCGAUGGCAGUGACAGGUGGUGGAAGUGGUGGAGAUAUGGAAUUUCAAGUGGGUAAUAGUUUAACUGGUGCUGGAUCUAUUAUGUCUGGUCAACAAUGGAGACUGCAACAAUUUCCUUUCAUGGGUGGCUUGGAACCACCCAAUGGGAUAUACCAAUUUGAGGGUGAAGUUGCUGAGCCAUCAAAUUACGUGGGUGGAGCCACUGGUCUGGAGCUUGGGACUAAGCCAUUGGAGUCUGGAGUUACUCAGCAGGCUACAGUGAAACUGGAAGAAAAUCAAGGCUUGAAUUUAUCAAGGAAUUUUCUGGGUAUUUCAGGGAAUGAUCAGUAUUGGGGUGGCAAUUCAUGGACUGACCUUUCUGCUUUCACUUCUUCUUCGACCAGCCAGUUCUUGUGAACUUGUUUCUUUCACCUUCUCAAUACACUAGCUUUUCUUAAAGUCUUCCAUCAAGAGAACUCAACUUGGAAAGAUUGAACUUCCAAUGAUCCUCCUUUACUUGCAAGUUUAAUUUGAACCCCAAGGUUUUAAGAUGGUGAACUGGGAUUAAGCAUAGAUCAAUGAGCUUGUUUCUUCAAGGGCCGAUGGAAAAACCAAGUAAUGGUAGGCUAGCUUCUGGUUUUAAUCAAUUUGCUUUGAUUUUUUGUUUCUUUUAUGGGUACGUUUUCAGAAGUAGGUCUAUGCAUUCAUGUAUUUCAAAUUUUCAAUGCCAGACAUGCAGGCUGAAUCAAAUAUGCUGUACUAAGUUAGUAGAGUUGAAUAUUGGUUUUAUGGAAG